AUGUCUCUAGAGGAGUUCUUCAACGAUAGUUCGUUGGGGGACUCUGUGUGGGACGAGGAAGAUAUAAAUUUGGAGGCGAUUUCGUCGCCUCUCACCAAUACCACUAGCAUUGAUGUUCUAAAGCACACUCCCGUAAGACUGGCAACGCGCGGACCGGACGAUCCAUUUGGACACCAACAUCCAAGUGCACCCAUUGGGAAUGCAGGUGGGUCCCAAACCAUGGGACCGCCAUACAUUGUGAAAUUUUCGCAUCUUCCAUCUCAAUUCACCGGGCCAGAAAUCGAGGAUCUUUUCCAAACGAAAUGUACGAAAUUUAUCAAAUUCAAAUUGUUUUGGGAGCUGAAUAAGAAGCCAGCCAUGGGACUUGCAUUGAAAAACUCAGAUUUUUUUGACGCGAAUUUCACGCGUGAUUCCAAGGUUUCCUUCACAGAGUUGUACUCUGCAAGGGAUAUGGACAAAAUCUUGAGCCAUUGGACUCAACCUCUUAAAGAGCUUUAUGACAUCACUGUCACAGCAGCGGAUCGUUUGGACUUCAAAAACUACGUGGAGAAAACAAAACUUUUGAAUGAAUUAGACGAUCCAACCAGGCCUUUUGUACCCAAGAAGGAACCUGUUAGACCUUCCAAAACCAAAGCUAAUCCUUUUGGUAGUGCUAAGCCAGCUGAUACUCAAACACUUACGAACGAUAUUGAGGACAAAUUCAGCAAACUCCACGUCGAAGACACAAGGACCCUCAGAAGACUUUCCAACGAAAGUGAACCAAUGGCUAACCCUAAACCAUUGAGUUAUUCGGCGAUCUUGAAGAAAUCUGUAGAUGCUGCGGCAAGUCAGUCUCCUAGCCCUCAGUUGCCACCGCCCUUGCCAAAGGAGGAUGCUGAACCUGAGGAAACGACACAUGAAGUUUUUGAAGACGAGAAGAAACCAAGCGACGAACUGGACGAUGACGAAAAUCACAACAAUCAAACUCAGCAAUCGUUCGAUAGCUUCACGUUCAAAGAUACGGACUCAAGAGGACACGGCGGAUAUCGUGGCGGCCGUGGCAGCGGUAGAGGAGGCCGGGGUGGCCGUGGUGGCAGGGGUGACCGCAGUGAUCGUGGUGGCGACAGGGGAAACUACCGUGGUCGUGGAGGAUACUCAAGGGACGGCGAAGCCGGUCGUAAGUAUGAAGAUUCUCGUUCCAGAGGAGGAAAGUUCCAAAGCCCUAGAGACGACAAUCCUUAUUCUGUGUUCCGUCCGGCCAGCGGUUUUCUAAGAGAAAACGCCAAUUCCAAUAGCCCAAGAGGAAGAGGAGGAAGAGGAGGAAGAGGCGGCGGUGGCCGCGGUUUUUCUGGUGCGGAUCGCGGCAGAGGAGCUUACCGUGGGAAUCGCGGCGGCUUCACGCCAGUUUAA